CACACACUCAGAAAAAAAUCAUCAUGCAAAAUCACAUUCCAAAUUUCACAUUAUUCCACACCAACUUCUUCUUCACAAUUAAAUACAUUAUUUCAAUUUUUUUCUUUAAUGGAACAAGAAAAACAACAACUUUCUGACAUUGAACAAGUUUUAAACUUUUUAAGAAAAAAUGGGCUUUCAGAAUCUGAAUCAGCUCUUAUGGAUGAUAUUCUUGAAAAAUCUCAUCUGGGUUCUUUUGAUUUCCAAAGAUUUAUAUUCCCAGUUGUUGUUCCUUCUUCUCUGCCGCCGUUGCUCAAGAUUCUGUCAGCCCCUCCGCCGCCGUCGCAAUCGGAGAUGAUGGAUGAUGAUGAGGAGGAGGUUAAAGUUGAUGGGUCUUCUUCAGAUGAUGAAUUUGUCAGCUUGAAUUCAUCUACUACUGAUUUAUGUUCUUCUUCAGAAUUCACAAAUCCAUAUGGAAUAAGAACAAGAGUUGUUAGUUCUCAAGCUUCAUCUGAUAGGUUGUCCCAAUUUGGUACGGCUCGUGAUUACCAUGAUUUUGACUUACAAAAUGACUUAAACUGGUACACGGAGAGAGAUGAAGACUAUGCCAUGCCACCUUUAUUUGACAACUCGGAUCCAUUCAGUGGCCCAACUGAAGACAAGUUUGUAAUGACGUCAGAUAAAGAGAACCAAGAUGAGAAUCUUCAAAUGUUUCUUGAUCCUAUUUUAGACCCUUUUGAACAAACUAGUUAUCUGGAUAAACCGUGGCCUUUAACUUCCGUCGGAUAUGUAAAAAAAGAUGGUGUUAAAAUCACUGAUUAUUAUGAUUUAGAUGGAAAGUGUGUAGAGCGGGAUCUAAACGGUGCCACCCUGUAUGGGUCUUUUGAAGGAGAUAACUUGAAAGAUUUUAUAGAAACUGAGGCGGCAUGUAAUUCAAAUAUAUGUAGUUUUUGUCUUGAAGAAAAUAAAAGAAGUUGCGAUUGUUGUCUUGUAGUGGAAUCUAAGAAUUGCCAUUUACCACAAAAUCAGAUGGGCGACAAAGAUGUUGACCUUGACAUGAAUACCGCUUGCAAGGGUGUACAUGGAGGAAAUUUACAUGAAGAUCGUGAGGGUGAUGCUUCCAAACUCAAAGAAAGUGAUGCUGCCAAAGUCAAAGAAGGCGAUGCGGAUGCCACCAAUAACGAGCUUUUGAUGCAUGCAAACGAAGAUGAAUAUGAAGUUUUUGAUUUACGAAUUAUACACAGGAAAAACCGGACGGGGUUUGAAGAAAAUAAGGAUCUACCGAUUGUUUUAAAUAGUGUGAUUGGGUCACGAUAUUGUGUUAUAGAGUAUCUUGGUUCAGCUGCAUUCAGCAGAGUUGUACAGGCUCAUGAUCCCCAAAUGGGUAUUGAUGUAUGUUUGAAGAUCAUAAAGAAUGAUAAAGAUUUCUUUGACCAGAGCCUAGAUGAAAUUAAGCUUUUAAAGUUUGUAAACAAGUAUGAUCCAGAAGAUGAACGUCACAUUUUACGUCUCUAUGACUAUUUCUAUUUUCAGGAACAUCUUAUAAUCGUGUGUGAACUUUUGCGUGCAAACUUAUACGAAUAUCAGAAAUACAACAAAGAAUGUGGCGGGGAGCCUUACUUCACAUUAAAAAGGCUACAGGUGAUAACAAGGCAAUGUUUGGAGGCAUUGGAGUACUUGCAUGAUCUGGGUAUCAUUCAUUGUGAUCUGAAACCCGAAAAUAUUCUUAUCAAAAGCUAUAGCAGAUGUGAGAUUAAGGUCAUUGAUCUUGGAAGUAGCUGCUUUAAAAAUGACAAUUUGUCACUAUACGUGCAAUCUCGAUCUUAUAGAGCCCCUGAAGUCAUCAUUGGGCUUCCAUAUGACCAAAAAAUUGAUCUUUGGUCUCUUGGUUGCAUCUUAGCGGAGCUAUAUUCUGGUGAUGUUCUAUUUCCAAAUGAUGAACUUGUAGUUUUGCUUGCACGGGUGAUUGGAAUGCUUGGACCAAUUGAUAUCGAAAUGUUGGAGAAUGGGCAAGAAACAGACAAGUAUUUCACGAAAGAUUUUGAUCUUUAUUACUUAAACGAGGAAACUGAUCAAAUGGAAUACAUAAUCCCACAAGAAACCUCACUGGAAGAACACCUUCAAGUUUCUGAUGCACUCUUUCUUGAUUUUGUUAAGAGUUUGCUUGAAAUUAAUCCCCAAAGACGGCCAACAGCCAGUGAAGCAUUACAACACCCAUGGCUCUCUUCACCAGUAUAACAAAUAUGAAUCCUAGUCCAUCCAUACCCAAAUGGGCCAAUUGUCAUGGUUAGGGUCACCUGGCUGGCAGGCUGCACCACAUGAGUCAUGCAAUGCUUGUCCAUUGACGUGCCAGCCUGUCAAUUUGAAUCUUGGUGCUUGCCCCGGUGAGCCACUUGGGCAGUCACAAUUACGUUCAUAUGGUUGCCUGCAUCAACGUAGCUCAUGUAAAUCCUGAUCUAAACCAGGGUCGGCCCGUUGAUGGUUUUUUUUUUUGUUGCACAUAAUUGGUCUUGUGAGUUGUGACCCCUUUCGUUUCGCUUGUCUUUGUUGGCAUACCAUGUAAAUUCCUUAUAAUUCAAUAUAUACACAUGUCAAAGUUUUGAUACAUAUGUAUACAAGUUGUUGAGUUUUUCUUAA